CGUCGCUCGUGCGGCAGACUUUAAAAAAAACUGUAUAUAGUUAUAUUUCUAUAAUUUUUUUUUUUCGUAAAAGUUCUUAAAUUAAUUUUUUUUAGGCCAGUGCUAUUUAAAAAAAAUGAAGAGGUUUCAAGCCUUACUAGUUUUCGCGGCAGUGAUAACAACGGGAACGUCGAACACAAGUAUGUUCGGCGAGCGCUGCUCGCGGCAGGACCCCGAUGUCGACGAAUGUCUCCUACGCAGUUUCAACUCUCUAGUGGAAUAUCUUAAAGGCGGAGCACCAGAACUCGGCAUUGAAGAGUCGGACAGCAUAUUAAUCGAUGAGCUGUCUAUCGCGCUGGGCGGCGGGCCGGACGGCUACCGCGCAACAUUCAAAGACAUCCAAGCCAGCGGCGUUAACAACAUGACCAUAACCAACGUUAGGUCGGACCUGGAGACGCAUCAGUUCCAGCUGACGCUGUACGGGCCGCACAUCAGCGCGCGCGCCCGCUACCGCUCCUCAGGAGUGUUGUUGCUGGUGCGUGCAUCUGGAGGGGGUGACUACUGGGGUGAAUAUGACGGUGUGAAGGCAAAGGUGUACUUCCGCGGAACGCCGUACACAAGAAACAAGCGCACUUACCUCAAACUGCAGCAACUCAAACUGGACUUCUCCGUCAAGGACAUACAGAUGGGCGUCGAGAACUUGCAAAACAGUAACGCUGUGCUGCAAGCAGCAUUAAACCUAUUCAUCAACACGAACGCACAAGAGCUGCUCAAGGAGAUGAAGCCAGAGCUUAGGCGCGACCUAGCAGCUAAGAUGUCGCACUUCCUUGAACGCAUUCUCGACCAGAUCCCCUACGACGACUGGGUCAAAGACUAAAUCUUAUCAUUAUAUUAAAAUUCCGUUCCAAAAGAACACCAUAAAUAUUGUGAAGAACCACAUCACGUCACUUUCCAAACAAGGCGAUCAUUAUAUUACUUCAUAUCUUCAUUGGAAA